CCAUCCCUGGGUAUCAGCAGGUUGCUGCUGACCGAGGAGCAGAAGCACCUCCACACCAAAGAGGCUCAAUACUGCAACCGCUCCACGGACCUCAUCCCCAUGCCAUUCAUCCUGGCCCCUGAUGUGCUGUCUCUUGCUGUGGGUUUUUAUGUCAACCUGAUUGUGAACUGGUGGUGGGCUCAGUACACUCGCAUCCCCCUGCCCAACCAGCUCAUGUGUGUCACCUCUAGCAAUGUCCACAGCAAGGACAAGAAGGGACAGACCCUGCAACGCACCCUCCCACGCUACGCCAACCUGUCAGCACUCCUCAUCCUCACUGUCAGCACCAGGGUGCUCAAGCGCUUCCCCACCAUGGACCACAUGGUGGAAGCGGGCUUCAUGAUGCAGGAUGAACACAGGAAGUUUGAGAGCCUGCACUCCGACUUCAAGGAGUACUGGAUCCCUUGCAUGUGGUUCACCAGCCUGGCAGCGCAGGCCCGGCGGGACGGCCGCAUUCGUGGUGAUGUGGCCCUUCGCCUGCCCACGGAUGAGCUGAACCUCUACCGGGCCAAGUGCAGCACGUUGUUCCGUUACGACUGGAUCAGCACCCCACUGCUUUACAUGCAGGUUGUCACUAUCACCAUCUACUCCUUUGCCUUCUGUGUCAUGGGGACGCAGUUCCUGGAGCUGUUAGAGCCGGAGCAGCAGGGAGACCUGGACAUGUACACUCCCCUCUCUACCCUUCUGCCCAGCCUCUGUGGGGCUUGCAUGUGUGAGGAUGUGGAGCAGAGCCAGCCAGUGGAGGCCUCGCCAAGCAUGCCGUGCAUCCAGACGCCUCUGCUCAGCCGCUGCUUUGCUGCUGCAUCCCCUGCCAGAAGCAUCAAAGACUUUGGCCAGGGAAGCUGA